CGGCCGCUCUCACGUUCUCUCAAAUUUCCGUGAAUGUGUAUUAAUAGUCCCUCAACUCAUUCAAAUGCACCUAUUAGUCCCCCAUAGAGUCGACAAAUCACCUAAACACCGAUGUAGCAUUCGCAGUUAUUCAGUGUAAUGAACCCACCGAUUACUUAACAAACAAGUUUGUGCAUCAAACGAUUUGCUGAGAAAUACAAUGGCUAGUGAGGUGACUGCAGCGAGUGCAAGCAGUGCAGCCGACUCCGAUGGAUCCGUUAGUUGGGAGGAUUUUUUCGGUACAUCAACGGAUCUCGUGCCCCAACUGCUGGGUAUGUUUGACGAGUUGGCGCGUAAGGAUCAAGCAAAUAAUCACAGUGGUGAUCAAAUACCAGCAGCAAUACAGAAGCGUCUGAGUCUGGUUGCAGCGCAUUCCCAGCGUAACACCAUAUUCGGUCAGAUCUGUGGUGCAGGAUACACGGAAAAGCAUCUGACGAUGGAGGAGAAUCAAAUGCCAGAAGUAACUGUUUGCCAUGGACCGGAGGGGAAUGAGGGGACGAAGGGAUGCACGAUGAUUAACAACAGCGAUGCCAAGACAAAGUAUAACAAUAAUAGAUUAACACCAGAGCAGGCAUUGUGCGGGAGGCAGAAGAAGCAGCUUGGAAGGCCACUUUCGGGGAGUUCAAUUGCGUCCAGUACCUCGUCCAGUGGUGGCAGUAAUCAAGAAAAUACUGUUUCCGCCAAUCCCUAUUUGGCUUCUGUCGAGUCAUUGGCCGAUGCUUGUGCCAGUUCACAAGUAUCCGGCGACAGUGGAGUGGGAGCCGGCUCGUCAGAAGAGCCCCACUGCAUGUCCCUGCGAGACCCCGUAAAUCGUAGAAAAACAAUUCCCCAAGAAUCAGUAUUUCGCAACACCGUGGAAAGAGUCUUGCUAGAGAUCGUGGAUACGGAGGCAAUUUACGUCGAGCAUCUCUGCCAGGUUAUCCAAGGAUAUCUGAUAGUCUGGCGAGACGACCCAAAUUCUCUCCUCACCCAGUUCGAAUUGACUCACCUCUUCAACAACAUCGAGGACAUAUUCAGCUUCAACAGUCAGUUUUUGAAGGAAAUAAAGGACUGCCAGUUGGAGCCUAUUCUCGUGGCCAACACCUUCAUCAAGCACAAUUCGGGUUUCAAAGUUUACACUGAGUACUGCACAAAAUAUCCUCGAGCUGUGUCGAUACUGACGGAGUUGAUGGGUCGAGAGGAGACAGCAAAGGCGUUUCGAGAGCGUCAGGAGGCCCUGGGCCACGCCCUACCCCUCGGCUCAUUCCUCCUCAAGCCUGUCCAGAGGAUCCUCAAGUAUCAUCUACUGCUGGAAAAUCUGUCCAAGGAAUUCGAGGCCGACGAGGCCUGGAGGAACUUCAACGAGGGCAAGAGCACCAUUGAUGAAGCACUCAAGGCCAUGACUGGAAUUGCUGAGCACAUCAAUGCCAUGAAACGUAAGCACGAGCAUGCUGUCAGGGUCCAGGAGAUUCAGUCACUACUUUAUGGCUGGACUGGAGCUGAUUUAACCACCAAUGGGGAGCUGAUCGCCGAGGGGAGGUUCAGAAUGCGAGGGGCCAAAGCACCUAGACAUGCUUUUCUAUUCGAACGAAUGUUGUUACUUACGAAGAAGAAGGAGGAUGGAUUGCUGGUUUAUAAAGCUCAUAUUAUGUGUUCAAAUCUAAUGUUAAUCGAGAGUAUACCAGGAGAACCGUUCAGCUUUCACGUCAUUCCCUUUGACAACCCAAGGUUGCAGUACACUUUGCAGGCACGAAACCUCGAACACAAAAGGGAAUGGACCCUCCAAAUAAAACGAGUAAUGCUGGAGAACUACAACGCAGUGAUUCCCAUCCACGCUCGUCAACUGGUGCUUCAACUCGGCCAGUCCCAGCACGACGAAGACGCCAGUACCGAAAAAAUAUCAAUGAAAAAAUUGUACUCGUCACCACCAGAAUACCUGGAGCGACGAAAGCAGGAGAAGGACCGAAGAAGAUCGGAGGCCGGACUGGGUCCAAAAUCGAAGAAACUGUUUCCUAAAUUCGAUGGCAAUUCGACAGAGAGUCCGUCCUUCUCCUCCUCCUCGUCCACAACGUCGUCCUCAUCCUCGUGUCAACGAGACCAGAGCCUGAACAGAUCCCUGGACUGUCGAGCCUCAAAAGUGAAGGGCAAAUUGACAAAUUGGCGGAGAAAAUCCGAGCCAGGUUUCCAAUCCUACGUGUCGUUCAACAACUCGGACGACGAGGAGGACAAGGAAAAAGAAGUGAACGAAAAGUCCAACAACACGAUCAACAAUCAGAACAACCUCCCACCAAACCCCUCAAAUUCCGAAACGGCAAAUUCACCGAUCCCCGAGGAUCGAAGGGAGGAAAAUGUCAAGAACAAUUUGUCCCCAAACAAAGACGUGAACAUCGAGCCGCAGACUGUCGAGCAGAUAGUGGGUCACAUUCUCAUGCAGAACGAGGAGUUCCAGAAGCUCCUGGAGAAGCAGAGGAACAACAGCAUGACGAACGUGCGACAGCAGCAGCGUUUCCACAAGGAUCAGCAGAACUCCUUAAACACCCCCAUCGACACCUCCGAGGAGAGUGACAACUGCUGCGACAACUACCCCUCAAACACCAUAAACAACAGGAUAACGAGACUAAACAGAAUCACUGCUGUCAACCGAGAGAGAAAGGAGUACCGAUCAGUGCGUUCGAACAACAGUUCCUGGAGUCAGCGAUACCAGUCGGAUAAAAAUCCCGGGUCCCACCUGCGACUGCAGUACAACAACUUCAAACCCGAGAUCGACCAGCCAAAGUCGCAGGACAAGACGUUCAGGCGCCAAAGCAUCCUGACAGAGAGUAAAAUAAUAAAAACAGCCCUGAGGAUGAACGACGACUCGAGGGGCGAGGACGAGAGUAAAGUGGAGUGUCCAACGCGUCCCUCAGUCUGGCUGACUAAACUCUGUGAGGACCUGCCAACGUCACCUCACAAAUCAGGAUCACUGCCCCGCAGUUUUCAGAUCAAUCCAGAGUCUCGAGACAAUUACUCUCAGGAGAAGAUCACGAAGUCGAGGUUUCUGCAGAGGGACGGGAAGCCUCUGAACGAGAGGCCCUUCACCAUAGCCUCCGACAAACCUGCUGACAUCAGCCUCGAGGACAUGGAGAGGUACAACUCGUAUCAAUCAGAGGAGCAGAUCAAUCAGCUCUCGAAUUCAGACCUGAACUCGGCUUCAACAUUUUUCUGCUCUCUCGAGGAUAAUUCAACAGUGGACUCUGACUCCGACAGGAUUCACCCGGACCACAAGAUCUACAGGAGCACUGUGGGGAGCACAAUGCUGAAGAACGUCCUGUCGAAGGCUGGAAGUCGUCUCCAGGGGCUGAGACUCACGCUCAGCACUGAAGCCCUGGAGUCCAGUGAUCCUGUCUCUGACUCCUCUAAAUCGAGGAAUUACAAGGGGAAGAAGAGGAGCAAGUCCAAGCUGUUGAGACUCUCCAGGGAGAGCUCCACUGAUGUUGACGAGCCCUCCGGGUGUGUGCCCACCAGCUCCUCCGAGUCGAAGAGCAUUUCUUCGUUGUACUACGAGCAGGGGAGCGAGGGCUUGGGGGCCAGGAUUGCCCAGGCCGACUAUGCAGAUCCCUCCGUUCUCUUUGGGGCCUAUUUCGAGGGGAAGGCUGGGGCGAGGGCGCAGGGAGCUGUGAAGACCGAUGGCAAGUACUCGGAGGAUGAGGCCGAUGAGGAGUAUGACGAGGCUGACAGGAAAGAAUCUGAUUGCUUCUACGAGAAGUCCUUCGAGAGCAUCGAGGAUUACGAGACCUUGAUUCAUAACGAGGGGAGGGACGAUGCCUUCAGGGAUAGUGCAAUAUUUAGUGAUGAGGAGGGGAGGGAGGCACAGGGGAGAACUACUGAGAGACCGAAAAUUCCACCGCCUGUGCCGGCGAAAAAACAUUGUCUGAAGGCGAUUCCGAAGAGUGUCAAGCCCAGCAUUGCGGCUAAGCCUGAGGGGCUGAAGCUACGGUCGAUGGUUUCGAGGAAGGGAGAGGGCGGCGGGGGGGUCAAGUGCAUCAGGGUUACUUUGGUGCAGGGGGCCGAGGGGGGGAAUGUGGGGGAGUCGAGGUUUGGGGAGGUGAACGAUAUUUCGGCUGGGCAGAGUCAGGCGGGAUGGGUCAAGAGGAUGGUGGGACAACUCCAGGCGCAAAUCGAGACGUAAUGUGGGGAUUGCCGUAGAGUACAAUUGUGGGAUUUUUUGAGGGAGGAGGGGAAUUUGAGGAGGAAUAUUUUUGGUACGAAAUUUGCGAUUGGGACGGUUUUUGGAAGUUAAGGCCCGGGUGUACUAGCUUUCGAAUGUUAUCUGGAUUUUUUUCAUCUUUCGUAAUC